UUGCCCAUACCAAAACGGGCCAUGUUGAUGGUUCAGGUCGAUCCCUUCCUCGCGGCCACUGCCGCUGCUUGCCUUCUCCUCCACCUCCUCCUCCGCCACCUGAUCGGCAAUCGCCGGCCGUCACGCCUCCCCCUACCGCCUGGCCCUCGCGGCUUUCCCCUCCUCGGUGCACUCCCCUGGAUCGGGCCCCAGUCGCACGCCGGCCUCGCUCGCCUCGCCAGCCGCUAUGGCCCCAUCAUGUACCUCAAGAUGGGCACCUCCGGCUGUGUGGUGGCCUCCGACGCCGGCGCCGCCCGCGCCUUCCUCAAGGCCCACGACGUCAAGUUCGCCAACCGUCCCGACGUCGUCAGCGCCCGCGACGUCACCUACCACCGCCAGAACAUGGUGUUCGCCGACUACGGACCCAAGUGGAAGCUCCUCCGCAAGCUCUGCAGCCUGCACCUCCUCGGCGGCAAGGCGCUGGGAGACUGGGCCGACGUGCGCGCCGCCGAGUUCGGCCACAUGGUACGAUCCAUCGGUCGCGAUGCCGCGGAGGGUCGCCCCGUGGUGCUGCCUGAGAUUCUCGUGUGUGCGCUGGCCAACAUCGUGGGGCGCAUCGUGGUGAGCAAGCGGGUGUUCGAGGAGCAGGGGGAGGAGUCCAACCAGUACAAGGAAAUGAUCGUGGAGCUUCUCACCGGCGGCGGGAUGUUCAACAUCGGAGACUGCGUGCCGGCGUUGGCAUGGAUGGACCUGCAGGGGAUUCAGCGGAAGCUGCGGCGUGUACACGCUCGGUUCGACUCGUUGGUGACGCGGCUGCUGGAGGAGCAUGAGGCAAGCAAGGAAGAGCGCAAGGAAAGGCCCGACUUCAUCGACGCCGUCAUGGCCAACAGGCGCGGCGACAACGACGGCGAGACCAUCUCCGACGCCAACGUCAAAGGCAUCAUCUUCGACCUGUUCACUGCUGGGACGGACACGUCGGCUAUCAUCGUGGAGUGGGCGCUGGCCGAGAUGCUGAAGAACCCGGUGAUCCUCCGGCGGCUACAGUUGGAGAUCGACUCCGUCGUGGGACGCGACAGGCUAGUCUGCGAAUCCGACCUGUCCAAGCUUCCCUACCUGCACGCCGUGUGCAAGGAGGCGCUCCGGCUGCACCCCUCGACUCCGCUCGGCCUCCCACACUUCAGCUUCGACGCGUGCGAGGUGGAGGGCUACUACAUUCCGCCGAACACACGGCUGCUCGUCAACAUCUGGGCUAUCGGGCGAGACCCCCGCGCGUGGGACCACCCUCACGAGUUCGAACCCGAGCGCUUCCUUGCCGGCGGAAGGGCCUCCGGGAUCGACCCGCAGGGAAACGACUUCGAGCUGAUUCCGUUCGGCGCCGGGAGGAGGAUCUGCGCGGGGAAGAUGGCGGGGAUGGUGUUCGUGCACUACAUGAUGGGGCUGCUGGUGCACGCCUUCGACUGGAGGCUGCCGAAAGGGGAGGAGCUCGACAUGGGCGAGAAGUUCGGGUUGGCGUUGCCCAAGGUGGUGCCUCUGAAGGCACUUCCCACCGCUCGCUUGCCUCGUUCCGCCUACGUUUGAUUGCCAAAUUUAUCCGUCGAUUGUUGGAUUGCUUGUGACUGUUUACACUAUGUGUGUGUCCCGCCGUGUGAUAAGUAUGCAUGUGUUUUGAGGCAAUAAAAAUAUUAUGCUGUGCGUUAGUGA